GUGCCAUACUAACGCCCGUGCACAGCCCCUCCGAUGCCAGUCAACCCGCGGCCGCCAUGCCGGCCAAACGCGCCUAACACCUAACGACAAUAAAAUGCACGCGCCCAUUUGUUACAGUUAUGUCUAAGCCGCCUUGGCCUAACGCACCGUUGCGAAAAUUGACAUAAACAUGAAGCGCGACGCUUAUGGAGACGACGGCCCUGUUCAGAAACGGCAGCGGCAACUAGACGACGAGGUCACUUUUCUUAUACCCAGUAAGGUGGCUGGCUCGAUCAUUGGGAAGGGAGGCGCAAAUAUAUCAAAGCUCAGAAAUCAGUACAAAGCCUCUAUAACAGUCCCAGAUUGCCCCGGCCCCGAACGGGUCCUUUCAAUAGCGGCGCCCGAUGUGGACACAGUACUCGAAAUCGUCAAAGAAGUGUUGCCGAACCUGGCUGAUGGAGGACCGAAAGGGAAUAGCGAAGAACUGGACGUGCGUCUACUGAUCCACCAGAGCAGAGCGGGCUGUGUAAUCGGCAAGGCUGGAGCCAAAAUCAAAGAACUACGAGAGAAAACGGGUGCGCGACUGAAGAUAUUCUCGAAUCCAGCGCCGCAGAGCACGGAGCGUAUAGUCCAACUGAUUGGAAAAACGGAUGCCGUCGCCGCCGGCGUAAGAGAGGUCUUGGACCUAGUUAGGCAGGUGCCAAUAAAAGGCGCAAUCCAGAAUUACGAUCCGCAUAAUUACGAUGAUUUCUAUGCGGACGAGUACGGUGGCUUUGGUAGUGGGCCGAGUGGCCCGAGGGGAAGCACACCCCGCAGUGGACCACCAAGAGGAAUGCCUCCGCCUAUGGGGCCUAGGGGCCGAGGACCCCCACCACCUCGAGGUGGACCCCCAAUGGGCAGAAAUGGACCUCCCGGACCAAGAGGUUUCAACGACUUUGGCGGUCCAGGUCCUAGAGGGAACUUCAACGGACCGCCUCGCGGAGGGUUCGGGGGAGGAAACUUCGGUGGGGGCAACUUCGGCGGGGGACGAUCCGGCGGCGUCGGCAACGGUGGUGGCGGCAAUUUCGGCAACGAUGGCGGCAGCCAACAAGAGAAUUCUACGCAGGUUACCAUUCCCAAAGAUUUGGCGGGCGCGAUAAUCGGUAAGGCCGGUUCCCGCAUCCGCAAGAUUCGCGCAGAGAGUGGCGCAGGGAUCGAGAUCGCCGAACCUCUGCCCGGCUCCUCCGACCGCAUCAUCACCAUCACCGGUACCCCGCAGCGCAUUCAAAUGGCCCAGUACCUGUUGCAGCAAAGAAUGUUUGAAGAAUUUCCUGCAUUGGCCAAACAGAACUAAGAUUUAGUUAAAUACACGUCGUUAUCUCCAGUGUGCACGAAAGUAACCCUAACCUCGGAGGAGGACGCGGGAACUUCUGAUUCCAGAAUUGUCGGUACGAUAGUAUAAUGAAUAGCUUUAUUAAAUCCACCGUAUGUCGUCGGCACUCUUCUGUGAGCCUCGCUAUAAUGUUUGAUCAUUCAGAACCCUGUUAGAAAUUAUGACCUACAGUUACUUAAAAAAUAAAAGAUAUUUAAUUAUGAAGUUCAAAUAAAUAAAUAUAUAUCAUCUUUAUAUCGAUAUAUAACACAAAAACUAGAAAAAUACUAUUAAGGUUUCUUUUAUUAUCCGAUCACAAGAUAUAGAUAAGAAUGCAUUUAUCAUUACAUCGUAU